AUGUCCGCAAGUCAACCCCAACCUCUCGGUACUUCCACGGCCGCUACCGACAUCUCCACUCAACAAGCUACCUACCUUCCCCCUUCCGAGCUCGCUGCCAAGUACAACAAGGGUAUCCACAGACCCAUAACUGUCCAGCCGCAUGCUAGCGCCUCGCAGCCUGGAUCCACAAAGAUCAAGAGUAUCGAAAACUUCUACGUCAGACCCAGAUGGUUGUUUGUGCGUGUUGAGACCGAAGGUGGUGUUGUCGGUUGGGGUGAGGGUACUCUCGAAGGUCACACUGAAGCCGUACAGGGAAGUUUGAAGGAUAUCACCCGACGAUUGGUCGGCUGGGACGCAAUGAACAUCGAAGAGAUCUAUUCUUACCUGUACCGACAUCGAUUCUACAGGGGUGGUGAGGUGCUUAUGUCCGCUAUGUCAGGUGUUGAUAUCGCUCUUUGGGAUAUCAAGGGUAAAGUCUUAGGUGUGCCAGUCUGGGAGUUGCUCGGUGGAAAGAUCCGAGAAAGAUGUGAUGUCUAUGGUUGGGUUGGUGGAGAUCGACCCUCUGACGUACUGGAACAAGCCAAAGUCAGGAAGGCUCAAGGGUUCACCAGAGUGAAGAUGAACGCUACCGAAUCCAUCGGAUGGCUCGACUCGCCUCACGCUCUCGACGAAACCGUCAAGCGAUUAGCAGAAGUCAAAUCUAUCGGUAUCGAUGCUGGUCUCGAUUUCCACGGUCGAGUCCACAAGGGAAUGGCCAAACAGCUUGCUGCCGCUCUUGAACCCCACCGACCAUUAUUCAUUGAGGAACCCUUACUUCCAGGUUACGUUAACGAGUUGAAAGACUUAUAUAACAAGACCACCAUCCCCAUCGCUCUCGGUGAGCGUUUGUUCACUCGAUUGGACUGUCGACCGUAUUUCGAAGCUGGAUGUAUCGAUAUCAUCCAACCUGAUAUCGCUCAUGCUGGUGGUAUCUCCGAAACCAAGAAGAUUGCUAUAAUGGCUGAAGCAUAUGAUAUCGGUGUUGCACCUCACUGUCCUUUGGGUCCUCUCGCUUUUGCUGCCUCGCUCCACGUUGGAUUCUCAACACCUAACUUCGUUGUUUGUGAGAUGUCAUGGAAGAUGCACUACAACACUGGCGGUUUCGAUCUUUUCACAUAUAUGACUAACCCCGAAGUCUUCAAGGUUGAGGGUGGUUCCGUCGGUCUCUUGACUACACCAGGUCUCGGUAUCGAGUUGAACGAAGACCUUAUCAGAAAGGAAGCUGCUGAAGCUGAGAAAUUGGAACCUUGGAUCAACCCCUUGUUCAGAGGUGAUGAUGGUAUGAUCAGAGAGUGGUAA